ACACUCCUCCUGCUAAAGACAAAACUGCUUCUCGUCAUCUUCCAUUCAACCCUUCUCACUCACUCUCACUCUCUCUUUCCCCGCCUCUGUUUCAUCUUUCUCUCUCUUCAAUCAAUCCCCUCUGCCUCUGCUGAGGAACAGAGCAGUGAGCCCUAGUGGAAGAGUGGAACCACCACGACGCCCUUCAUCACAAUAUCUCUCUCUCUCUCUCUCUCUCUCUAACAAGAACGAGAACUCACCAUUUCUCUCUCUCUCUCUCUCUCUCUGUGUGCCAUUUUCACCCCCACAGCUAAAAUGUUCCGUCUGCUGCUGCGCCUGUGCUGAAUGGUGGUGGUGAAAACUUAUUGAGCAAAAGAUCCGAAUCAAUUCCCAUUUGUCAAAUCUCGCAUGAUAGGGUCAAAUCGCUGUAAAAAGAGUUAAAAGCAUAUGGCCAUGGACUCUUCACCUGAUCCCCAUAGACCCCAUCGCACGACAAGCAUCAAUAGCAGCAGUUCCUCCACUGCUACUGCUACUGCUACCACCACCACCGCCACCAGUGAGCUCUUUAUCUGCUUCACCUCCCGCCUCUCUUCCUCCUCUUCCAUGAAACUUCCCUCUUCCAAGUCCAUCCUCAGCCCCGCCCGCGCGAGGGACGCUCCCCCGCCUACCGGCCAGAUCUCGCUCUCGUCUUCCCUCAGCCGCCGGCUCAAGAGCAACGGCAGCUUAAAGGGUGGCCAGGCCUCCCCCAUGUUCCCCUCCGGCGGAAAGAAGCGAGGCGGCGCCGGGUUCGAGAACCCCGAGCCCAGCUCCCCCAAGGUCACCUGCAUUGGCCAGGUCAGGGUCAAGACCAAGAAGCAAGGCAAGAAGCUGCGGACUAGAUCUAAGCGUAAGGGAGAGGUGAGUUUCAGGAAGCUCGAGCUCAGUAGAUCAGGCCACCAUAGUUUCCCGCCGCAGAACGGUAACCAGGAAUGCCUUCCUCACCGGAACCAGAGGUGGGUCCACUUCCCGGUGACGAUCUGUGAAGCCCUCAGGACCUUCGGGGCGGACUGGAACUGCUUCUUGCCCUGCCGCUCCUCGUGCAUGUCCUCCAAGGAAGAGAAGUCCGUGACCGCUGGUGCCGGAUCCGACGGUGGAAGCUCCUGUGGGGCGGUGAUAGCACGGUGGCUCGUGGCGGUGCAGGAAGGAGAAGGCAAAGGCAGGAGAGAGAUCGAGUUGGUGGUCGGGGGGGAAGAGAUCCCGGCGGCGGAGACCAAGGAGAGGAGUAGGAGUCAGCGGAGGCAUAUCUUUGAAGAGCUUGAGUUUAACGAGGAGGAGAUUUGCAGGGAGAGGAAGGAGGCUGAGGAGGAAGAAGAGCAAGGAAGGGUCAGUAUCUGCAUUCCUCCGAAGAAUGCGCUUCUGUUGAUGCGGUGCAGGUCGGACCCAGUGAAGAUGGCCGCGCUCGCAAACAAAUUCUGCGGUUCCCCCGUCCAGAAAGAUGAAAAAGAGGAGGAUAAGGAUUACGAAGAUUGCCAAGAAGACAGCGUGGGUGACAAGAAGAUGGCUGAGGAAGUCAAGGUGGAGCAGGAGGCGGAUGAAGAUUCGGAGGUGGAAGUGAGCGAAGAGCGCUGGGUUACUGCACAAGCCAGUGAAGAACAGAGGACGGUAGAAGCAGAGUCGAGCUCGGUCAUUGCGGAAGAAGAAGAGGGGGGAGAACAAGAAGUGGAUCAAGAAACCAAUGCCAAGCUGCCGGAAGAAUCCGUUGACAAUUCAGAAGAACCAGAGGAGGAAGAGAGACUGGAGGUAUUGAGCGGUCCAGUGAUUGAAGCUCAUGUAGAUCACGAGAAUGAACGCAACCAUGGAGGAGAAGAUGAAGAAGAAGCUGGUGCGGCUAGCGCUGAACUCUUAGCUGAAAAUGAUGAAGAUGGGGUUGAUUUUGAUGAUGAAGUAGGGCCCCGACAGUCGAAAUCAGAAUUAGAUGUGGAGGAGGCAGACGACGGAGUAACAGAGAUUCUUGUUUCAGAGAAGGUGGCGCCGGAGCUAGAAGAAGCAGUCCAGGAGACGGUGGGUGAGGAAAGAUCCGAACCGGAGAACCCAGAGCCGGACGAUUUCAGUCCUGCUAAGGAGACAAAGGGUAGAGACAGCGUCGAGAGGGAGACUUCAGUCCUGCCCGAGUGCCUGCUGUUAAUGAUGUGCGAGCCGAAGCUUUCGAUGGAGGUUUCUAAGGAGACGUGGGUCUGCAGCACGGACUUCAUCCGGUGGCUCCCUGAGAGGCAUGUCAACAAGGCUGCUGUCGGUGGGGAAGACCCCAAGAAGAGGACCGCCCUAGCCGCCCCUGAAAGUAAGCGGUCAGGCUCCGCCCUUACAGCCCAGCAGGCGCGCAUUCUCCAUCAGCCACCUAGGAGCUCCUGCUCCUUCCCUUCUCAGGCAGCGGCAGUCACAGCUGGGGUGGCCCGGCGAGGCGGCGAGUCAAUGGCCGCCAUGAUAGAGCAGAAGCUGCUGAACGCCAAGGCAGGGGAGCCCCUCGUCCUCCCGAGGUGCAAGUCCGAGCCGAGGAGGACGGCGAUGAAGCUCGCCCCCGAUGCUUGCUUCUGGAAGAACCGAAAGCUCGAGCCCCACCGGCGCUCGGCCAACCUGAGGGUGAAAGCUGCCGGAGUAGGGGUCUAAGCCGGACUGGAAGGGUCAAAAAAGCUGUAUAGGUGAUUUUUGGUAUUUUUUUAGGUAAAUUUUUUUUUUUUUUUUAAUGUUUACUUUAUUAAUAUCGUCUAUUUGUUUGCCAUAGGUAAUUUGCCACUUCAUUUCUUUAGGGGUCUAAUCGAGAUAAAAAGGGCACUUUAAGUACGGUGAAAAAAGUUGUCAUGUGGGUUUACUGUAGUUUUGGCAGGAUUCGAUUUGCUUUUCCUUGGUGGGAACCCCCCACCGGCACCGCGUGUUAGGUUAAUCCUCGCUCCGGUGUCUGACUUGCCUUGGCAGGUUUUGCUUUUACGAAUGUUCUUCGAGCAUAAUCUCACGUGCCACUGUAAAAAUCUUUUUUUUUUGUUU